CCCCCUUCUCUCUCUCUCUCUCUCUCGUUCUCGUUCUUGCGGUCUUCCCCUGGCCAGCCACCGGAGCUGAUCAACGGCGAGUGAGUCUCUCUUCCCAUAUCUUGAACAAACAGUCACAAGCUUUUCCGGGCACUGCGUGUUUUCGUUGGGAAAGUUGUGGGGUUGGUGGAUUGGUUACGGACUUCAAUUGCCACUUAUAGUUGUGGAAUAGCCGUUCUUUCCCUGUCGAACUGGGAAUUUUGGGGUUGAACAGGAUGUUGAAGCAUACCCUUGGCAAGGCAUUGAACAGGAGUUUUGUAGUUCGUGAUGCCAACAACAGCCAUCCAUGCUUAUACGCGCUUGCAAACAGUUUCCAUAGCGGACAGCCCCACUUAGCGCCGAGAAGCUUCUUUGGGGUGGAAGAUUUCCUGGACGAUGAUAACAGCAAGCCCUACACCUACCAAAGGGGCAAGAAGUCCAAAAACCCGACUAAGCAUGUUUCCUUCAAGCAGCGCACCAUAGCCUACAUGGAGCCAUUCACCCUUGAUGUUUUCAUCUCGAAGCGGUUCGUCUCAGCCUCACUCACUCAUAGAGUGACAAGUAAGCAGGUUGCUGUUGCAGGGACCAACUCUAAGGACAUUAAAGCCGUUCUCAAGUCCCGAUCUGAUAUUCCUGCUUGUGUAGCAGUUGGCCAAAUCCUAGCUGAGAGGGCAAGGGAGGCUGAUGUAUAUACAGCCACUUACACUCCAAGGGAGCGGGAUAAGUUUGAAGGGAAGAUCAGGGCAGUUGUUCAGUCUCUUAUUGAUAAUGGUAUAGAUGUCAAAGUUUAUCUCGACUGAAUUGCUCAUGUUUUUUAUCGGAAUAACUUUAUCGUGUUGAUGGCUGGAGCCAAAAUAUAAGUCGUACUUGGAAAUAUACUAUGGAAUCGUUUCAGUGUGUUGUAGAUUUCUUGUGUUGGUUUAUAUUCUGAAAGUCUCGCUUCUCGUUAA